AGUCCAAGUUAAAAGUAUCUUUCCAUAAAUAUGUGCAAUUUUUUACUUUGUAAUACAUGGUCAAUUAAAGUGAAAAGACGAAAAAAAAAAAAAUAUUGCGUAAAAUAGUUAAUCGAUUCUGUAGUAAAUAAAAUAGCUAAAAGUCCAUACAAAAAUAUUGCAACAUAAAAUAUCUAUAUACACAGAUCUCGUCAAUCAGGAAAUUAAAAGGAAAGGCCUGUCCAUGUUUUACUUUGUUUUUGUAUUUACUGGAUAAUUAUUGCUUACAAUGUAUCAUAGGUGAUAGAGAAAUGUCAACAAGUGGGAGAGAUUGUACUAGGUCUUGACUUCUCGUUAAUCCUGGAUGCUUGGAUGUUUGGAGAAACAGUAUCUACACGGCUGGCAUCAUAGGAAGAAUAAUUACUGGAAAAAAGUGGAAUCUAUCGUGGUACGGUCAAUAAUCUCUCUCUUACCAAGUAUUCGCUUUCGCUGGGCAAUUUCUUAACGCUGCAGUUCUCUUCUCUUGGGCAAUAGACGUAUUGAUUGUUGAUAAAUCAUCAAAAUGGACAAGGAAUUAAGUCCAAUUCAAUCAUAUUAUGCUGGAAAGACAAUUUUUAUUAGUGGAGCUUCUGGUUUUAUGGGUAAAGUUUUGGUUGAAAAAUUAUUAUACAGUUGUAGCAAUCUAAAACGUAUCUACAUACUUCUACGAAGUAAACGUGGACGUACACCGGAAAUGAGGAUUGAUGAUAUGUUCAAGUUGCCAAUGUUUGAUAGAAUUCGUAAAGAAAAAGCUCAUGUGUUGAAGAAAUUGAUAGCUUUACCAGGUGAUAUAUCAUCAAAAAAUUUCGGAUUAACUGAAGCUCAUCAGAAUUUAUUAAUAAAUGAAGUAGAAAUAAUUUUCCAUUGUGCUGCUACAUUGAGACUGGAAGCUAAAUUAAAAGAUGCGAUAGAAAUGAAUGCAUUUGGAACAGCGUCAAUGCUUGAAUUAGCACGAAAGAUGAAAAAACUUCAAGUAUUUAUUCAUCUUAGCACGGCAUUCUGUCAUGUGGAUCAAGAAGAGUUGGAAGAACGGGUUUAUGAUAGUCCUGAAGAUCCUCAUGAAGUCAUGAGACUCACUCAGUGGAUGAAACCUGAUGCUUUGGAACUGAUCACACCUAAACUUCUAGAUCCUCAUCCCAAUACUUACACAUAUUCCAAAAGACUUGCGGAAACUCUUGUAGCCAACGAAUAUCCCAAUUUACCUUGUGUCAUUGUUAGACCUUCAAUAGUAACCCCAGCAUGGGCAGAACCACUUCCUGGAUGGGUAGACAGCUUGAAUGGUCCAGUAGGUCUAAUAGUUGGUGCUGGGAAAGGAGUUAUCAGGUCUAUGCACUGUAAUGCAAAUUAUCAUGCGGAAGUAAUACCAGUAGAUCUUGCUAUUAAUGCUCUUAUAGCUAUUGGAUGGAAAAUGGGAAUGGCGACUUGCAGAGAAAAAAAUGUUCCUGUCUACAAUGUUACACAAUCAGGUGUUGUCCCAGUGACAUGGGGUGAAAUUGUAGAAAGAGGAAAAAAAGUCGCCUUUAAUUAUCCAUUUGAAACUUGCAUUUGGUAUCCAGGUGGUGAUAUUCAUAGCAGUAAAUUUGUUCAUAAUUUAAUUGUAUUCUUCUUUCAUAUCAUCCCGGCAUAUAUUAUUGACUUCUUGCUGCUUAUAUUCCGACAGAAACGUUUCAUGGUACAUGUUCAAAAACGAAUUACUGAUGGGUUAGAAGUCUUACAGUAUUUCACAACAAGAGAUUGGAUAUUUCAUAAUACAAAUCUCCUUAAUUUAUGGGAAGAGAUGAAUUUGCAAGAUAAAAAAAUAUUCCCCAUUGAUUUCCUUGCUGUUGAUGAAAGUGAAUAUAUUAAAUAUAUCAUCUUGGGAGCUAGACAAUAUUGUAUGAAAGAAAAAUUGGAAUCCUUACCACGAGCAAGAGUCCUACAAAGAAUACUUUGGGUUAUUCAUGUGACGACUGUUUAUGGAUUUUAUCUUGGAAUCGCGUGGUUGAUAGUUAAGAAUUUUGAAACAGCUAGGUAUUGUCUUGAUUUUUUAACAUCUAAAAUGAGAUUACUACCAUUAAUUGGACGAUUUGUAAGUUUUGUUGCUCCUCCAGAUAGCAUGUGAGCAUUAAUCAAAUAUAGAUGCAUUAAUUAUAGUACAAAAGUCAAAAAAUGUAAUUUUCCAAACUUUGAUAAUCGAUAACCAAUAGUAAUUAUUGUCUUCAAGUAAUAAAAAUUUGUACAAAUACUCUCCUCAUCAUUUUCUACAAGAAUCUAAAAAAAAAUUCUACUUUUAUACUAUAAUUAAUGCACCAUAAAAUAGGGCUUAAAAUUACAGCCACUAGACCAUAAGAACUCUAUGAACCUGCGAAUACAAUAAAUAUAAUAUUUCGUACAUUUUUUACAAUAACGUAAAUAUAAACAAGAAAUAAUAAUAAUAAUACUAAUGAUAUUAA